AUGAGAGUACAUGAUGGGGAAAGGGAAAUUUCAAAUUGGCUGUUAAGACUUGGUAGUGGAACAGUAUUUGUCAAAGAGGAAGAUCUUUUUAAAGGAUGCAUUGAAAUACCGCAUCAAUGCCUUUUUAGGGAAAAUGACUCCAUUGUUGAAAAGAUAUUUGGGGAUGCCGAACAAAACAAUUAUGCUAAACGUGUCAUUUUGACACCAACUAAUGUGGAUUCACUAUCAAUCAUUGUAGAAGUGCUUCAACGUCUACCGGGUGAGGUCAAAACUUAUUUAAGUGCUAAUCAAGUUGAGACAGACAAACUUAAUGAAAGAAAUAACUUUCCUGUUGAGUUUUUAAAUAGCUUAAUUCCCUCAGAUCUCAAAGCUGGGAUAUAUAAUGGCACUCGAAUGAAAGUUUGUGCUCUUCAAAAUAAUUAUAUUGAUGCCGAGGUUUUGACAGGUGUUUCUGCUGGUAAACGGGUAUUUGUAUCUCGAAUUCAGUUGGCUCCGUCAGGUUCUAGUUUACCUUUUGUUCUAAAACGUCGCCAGUUUCCUGUCAGAUUGGCAUAUUCAAUGACAAUUAAUAAAAGUCAAGGUCAAACAUUUGAAAGAGUUAGUGUAUAUCUAAAGAAACCGUGUUUAACUCAUGGUCAACUUUAUGUUGCAUUAAUUACAUUUGUCUUUAUACAUGUUUAUAAUUGUUAUAUGUGUAAUGUAAGUGUUAUAUUGGUGUUACUUGGCAAACGUGUCGAGCAAGAUAGUUAA